AUGAUAUCGCCUCAGCACGUCGUCAGGGAUAUUCUCUCACCUCAAAGCUCACUUUCUCCGACACCAUCUUCACCAACCAGCCCACCACAUGCUAAUCGACGUCGGCGCCACAAAUCCGACCCACCAUCUAAUAGAACUGAUCCAAUUAUUGGUCAAGUAACCCUGGCAGGGAAGUUCAAGUGUCUUAAGGAAACCUGUCUCAAUAAUGGGGAAGACAUGACAUUCAACCGACAUGCUGACUUCAAACGUCACUAUGACAACACGCAUGCAGGUCGCUGUGUUGAAUACUUCUGUCAAGAGCCUGGGUGUCCACGCUCAAGGAAUCCAGAAGGGGGCAAGAAGGGACGAGGUUUCAAAGGGAGGAAGGACAAACGAAAUGAGCACUAUAAAGCAGUGCAUCAAAAAGAGAGUAACAAGCGAAAACAGGUCUAUGAGAGUGAUGAAUAUGCUGAAGGAAGGGGUCAUGAGGACAACACAGGAGCCAGAUCAUUGAAGGUAAGGCGAAGGAGCGACACAUCGUAA